ACAGGCCCGGCCGGGCCCGGCGGCCCCGGCGCUGCUCCCGCCGCUCCCGGGAUCUCCCCGGGCGGGAGCCGCUCCCGCCGCUCCCCGGGACCUCACCGGGGCAGGUUUCAUCUGAGAGUGAUCCCACGCCGAUCUCACCGGGGCAGGCUCGGCCGGGGCGGCUGCGGGUGCCGGGGCAGGAUGCGCUCCAAGCGGCUCACCACCGAACCUCCGUGUGUAACAGAAGAAAUGUUAGAAGAAUGCUUAGCCACAGAUGAUAUGCUUGUGGAUUUCUUUAAUGAAUUUUUGAGUCUUCCGACCUUUGCCCAGCCAGUGAAGUUUAACUCUGAUGUUGGAGCUUUUGAAGUAGUUAAUUAUGCCCCACGAUGCCUGGAAAGCCGGCCGAAAAAAAUUCUACAUGAUCAAAAACCUCUAAGCCCCAUUUAUGAUGUUCUAAGCAAAGAAAAGAAUGAUGGGCAGCUCUCCAAAAUGUACAGUGCUUCUUCAACCUUCAGUAUUGAUCCAAAUUACAACACUAUGCAACUUGAUCAAGAACAAGCAAUUGAGUGGAUUAAGAAAGAAAGGCUUCCAGCAUUUCUAGAAAGUGACUGUUACUUUGAAUACAGAUUAGCUAAAUUGAUAUCACAGGUAGAAUGGAGCAAGACUGGCAUUAAUUUCAUUAUAGAUAAUGACUACUCUCCCUGGAUAAGGAAACAAAGGCCAAGUUCUCCCCAUCCUGAGGAGGAUGACUCUUCACUGACUUCAUUGACUAUGAAGGAGUUCUAUGUAUCACUUGGAGAGGCUACAGUUUCCCAGGUAAAGGAUUGGUUUACCUUGGCAAAACAAGGUGAUUCUGUGAAAACUACAGAUUCAUAUACACAUCCUGUAGUUUCUAGUAAAAUUCAAGAUACUCAGCAUUUGCCUGGGCAGCAUAAAAGAGAUGAAUCAUUACCUGGAAAAGAUCCCCUUCUGGGGACAGCAUCUGCAAAAGCCGAUGUUACCAGUGAGAGAUCUAGAAAGGCUGAGGAGGGCUGCUCUGUGGCCAUUGCUGAAGCUCCUUCCCACACACAUUCAAGAGUUUAUCUAGACCCAAAAUGGCACAGUGCAGUAGAAGAAGAAGAUGAACAGGGAAGCACGACUUUUCAGACAGCAGAAGAAUUCACAUCAGCAUCCUCUCAAAUUUCAAUGAAGGAACCCAUUUCAGAGCUGACCCUCCAGCCAGCUGCUGACAUUGAAACCUUGGGCUCCAAGGAAGGUGUCAGAAAACAAGGAAGCAUAAGUCCCAGUUCUGAAAGUGUUGGGCCAGACAGCAGGGCUGCCUGGUGUAUUAGUCAUGGGACGUAUGACACUGGCAACAGACAUGAGUUUGAAAGAUUCAAGAAGUUCAUUAAAGGAACACUUGGGGAGAGGUACUGGUGGCUCUGGAUGGAUAUUGAAAGACUAAAGUCUCUUAAGAACACUACAAGGCAACAAAGGCAACUCAGUAAGAUGAAAAAACUGUAUCUGCUGAGCAGUGGAGACUAUUUCCUCAGUUCAGAAGUCUUGCUCAGACUUGAGCUACUGCAUGGAGAUCAGUGGAAUAUAAUGCAUUUAAGACAGAUUCAGCCUGAAGUAGUGAAACCACUUCUUCUUUACUGGGGUCCCAGAUUUUGUGUCACUCAUUCAACAGCAAUAGAUUCUGCCAGUGCAAAACUGAAGUUCUGGCAUACAUGUCAAGAGAGACCAAGAGUGGACAUUGAUCCUUUCCCACAAAUAGUAUCAUUGUUGCCAUUGACCCAAAAGUCUGACAUACCACCUUCCCUUCUUCAGAGAUCAUCAAGAUUGCCACCUACUCUCACAGGGAGUCCGAUUCUCCAAAGGGAUGAUACUUCUGGUACUAGAAUGUGGCCAAUGUCAGUGAGCACACACAUGAUUCAUAGCUUAGCUCUGGAUGGGACCAAAGAUUCAGAAUACCAGGGUCGUAGAAAGUACACCUAUGCUGAGCUUCUCCACGGAAAAAGUGUUGCUGGUAGUGUUGUCUUCAGGGGAUCAGGAAUUGAAAGCAUGGUACAGUCUCUUUAUUUGGAGAACAGAGCAGGCUACUACUUCACACAAUUCUGUGAGAAGUCAGGGAAUAAGUUGUGGAAGAACUGUGUGUACUUUUGGUUCGACCUACAGGCUUAUCAUCAGCUUUUUUACCAAGAAACCCUUCAGCCUUUUCAAAUAUGCCAGCAAGCUCAAUUCCUUUAUGCAACUUACAUUGCUCCAUCUGCCAGUAUGGACACUGGACUUCAUCAGAAUAAGAAAAAUAGGAUUUAUCAGAAAAUUGACCCAGCUUUUGAGGACCUUUUUGACCCAGCAGAAGAACAUAUUCUCACUGUCCUGCUGGAACCAUGGAUGAAGAUGGUGGAAAAAGACAAAUACACUUACAGAAAGGUGGAGUUGGUGGAAGAAACUCAACAGCUGGACUACGUGUACUUUAGAGAGCUCCAGGCUUUGAAUCAAGUGAGCAGUUCCAAGAAGGAUGAGAGUAUUGUUGCUGACACGGGGGCUCUCAAAGAAGAUCACCGCUUGCAUCAAGCUCCCAAAGAAUUGGCAGGUCCUAAUCUGUCUGACCUGAUCCAUGACAAAGAGAAGUUAAAACAGUUCCAGACUUUUCUUAAUAAGCAUUCUGCUAGCAUGGAUCUCAUGUGCUGGCUAGAUAUUGAAGAGUUCAGAAAGAUGCUCCAAAAGGAUAAAGAAAAAAGUCAUGAAAAAUCUAAAGACAUUAAAACCAAAUACUUAAACAACAAGUACUUCUUUGGACCAAACAGCCCAGCUACCAGAGAGCAACAAGAAAAGCUAAUGCAUUCAGGUGGAGGAAGGAGACAAAGCCUUCAUGAUCAAUUUUCGGCAGCAGUUCUGCUAGAGGUUCAGCAAUUCGUCCAGAAGAGAUUAGAAAAACAAUGGCUGCCAUUGUUCCUGGCAGAUAAACACCAUGGGGCAGAGGAGCAAGCAAAGAUAAAGGACAUAACUGAACAUCUUUCACACAAAGACCAGCAAAAGACAACCAGGAUGUGGAAGCAUGUGGACAAUAAGAGUAUUUCUUCAUCUAGUGAAAUUAUUGCUUUCCGCAAGGCGCUGUUGGAUCCAGUGACAGCAAAUCUGUUUCAACACUUUGUGGCACUGAAGGGAGACCUCCUGGGGAACGGAGUGCUCUUUUGGCAAGAGGUGCAAAAGUAUAAGGACUUGUGCCAUUCUCAUUGUGCUGAUGCCAUAGUUCAGGAAAAGAUCACAGCUAUUAUUGACUGCUUUAUUAAUUCUGCCAUACCCCCAGCUUUGCAGAUUGACAUCCCACCUGAACAAGCAAAGAAGAUUGUGGAGCAUAGGAAAGAACUAGGACCUUACAUUUUUAGAGAGGCACAGGGCAAAGAAGCAGGGAAAAAACUCAUUAAUUUGGCUCAACUUAAGUCCUUGACUCAACCCAAAUCCUUGACUCAGCCUGAGCCCUUGACUCAGCUUAAGCCCUUGACUAAACUGCCAAGGAGUGUUUUGCUAGAUGAGAUUGAUAUGAAGAGAAGAUCAUCAACACUUUUAGCAUCUACAGAAGGACAUGGAAGGAAGGCUUCCUGGUCCUAUUCCAAGUACAUAGAAGCCUUGGAGCAGGAAAGAAUACUUAUCAAAAAGCAAGAAGAUCUGGAGAAAACCUCAUCAUCAUUCCCUGCAGGUUCCUUGUUUAUAUCCUCCCUGAAGCCUGAAAGUUCUGUAAAAGCCACCAUUCCUACAAAGACUAAAUUCUGAAUCUUCCGAAGAAGCAGAAGCACAUUAAAAUCUCUCUGAGGAAUGGAAUGCAGAGAUAUUCAAUGGAGAUGACCAGGAGACAUAAAUGUAAUGUGCAUGCAAGGUUUGUUCUUACAAUUCUAGAGCAAAGAUGAUGACUUGCAAUAUUAUUAAGAACCAUGAGAUCAAGGCUAGAAAAUAAACAUCUUCCAAUGUGUUCCAUUUCAACCUUAUUGUGACACUGGCUCUUGUAUAAAUAAUUCAAUAAUACACCUUGAGGCUCAGAUCACGGUAGGAUUCCACUGAAGUAUGGAUGGCACAAACUAUUAGGUAGUCUCCAUCUUAAACAUCUUAUAAUCAAACCCAGUUCUUCAGUGCCUGAUCUAAUGAGUAAGUAAAACACUGCCUUGAACUGAAAACCCUGAAGCAGGGUGUUUUGACACACUGUGCUCUCACUGUGCAAUUCACACAACUUCUGUUCAUCGAGGAUAACACAUGAGGUCUCCGAGUUAUUAUAAAUCCAAAUGCUCUUGUUUCCUCCCAAUUCAAUCUGAUUCCUGUUCCAAAGUUCACCUUCUGUCUAAUUUCUGAGUUUUGAUCCACAAGAAAGGCUUAAAAUCUAUCAGGACAGAGAUAAGAUUGGGACCUUCUAUACAAUAUCAUUAGUCCCAAGGCAUUACUCAACAGAAGGUUGCAGGAGCUCAUAGCUCUUGUGUAGCUCUCCCUGCUUCUAAAAAUUUUUAAAAAUACUUGGGGCACAGUUGAUGUUGGGGACUAAGGACCAAGGAUUAAUUGAGAAAUUAAGAGGGGGUAGGGGAAGAAUUAACUACCAGGCAACAGACAGGAUGAUACUAGACCUCUCCACAUUCUUCAGACCUCUUUAAAAACCAGUCCCCAGCCACAAAGCUGUUGGCUCCAUUCUUCCCCACAUGUGUGUAAUGCAUGUAAAAGAAAGGAUGAUGAGUAAGCUCCAGUGAGCUCAGUUCCCGAGGAUUAGCCCUGAGUUAGGGGGUCUCUGCUGGAGUAAGGCUGGCAAGGAAGAAAUACACUUUCUUUUAUGGAUGCACUUUUCUUUUAUGCCCUGAUCAUAUAUUCUCACAGAAGGAGAAGGGAGAUUAUUGGUUCAAUUCCUGCUUUGUUCAUGGUUCAGAGUUUGCUUCAUGCUUGUCUGCACUCAUUCUGUGUUUGAGUUACCUGAAAAAUAUGUUUUUGGUGGAAGCUACAAGGGAGUAAAACACAAAAUACGUUUUCCUAAAUGUCACAAAUGCAGUCAGCUUUAAUGUUCAAUAUAUCUGAGGAGGUUGGAAUGCAGCAUCUUGUAGUGAGCAAAGCACAUGUGGUACUGUGUGGCCUACCGCUCAUUAAUGUGAAAGGCAGAGAAGAAUCAUGAAGUGCCAUAAAUGCAGCGAUGUAUGUCACCCAAAAAAGCACAUGGAAGGCCACCUUCUGACUGCUGUGGUCAGUACAGUGCACGCAACCAAAUGCUGGAGUAUGGCAGGCUGUUUAUGUGUUGCUGAAUUCUUCCCUUCAUGGAAUUUUGAGGCAGUUAAGUAAUGUGUAGGCAUUGCUUAUCUUAUGCUUGUGUUUCUGACAUGAUUAACACUUGGAUUACUUAAAAAAUUAAAAGUAUUUUCCAGAUAUUUGUUACAAAUUAUAAAACUCCUUGUGAAUGUUCCAGCCUUACCAAAUAGUUAACACAAAUUUACCAGCAAACUUGCAAUGCAAAAAACUACUCGCCCAGACAGCUGUGAUCAUUGAUAUCAUACAUGUUAAUGAAACUUAAAAAGAAGUACUUAAUUAGUGAAUAGAAUUUUUCAGACUUGCCCUAUUCACUCAAAAUUCUGCAAACUGAAGUUUACUCUCAUUCUAGUUUGCUAUUCUGUCUCCAGGGUAGCUGAAACAUAAGGGUGUAUGUAGACACACAUGCACUGUUUUAUUGCCACGGCCAUGUCUUCAGUACGCAACUGAGAAGGAUCACAUGUGUCAGUAAUGCUAGUACUACAUGUCAUAUCAUUAUUUUCAUUUUAUGUGUGAGUUUUAAAGAAAUACUGGGCAAUUGAACAGAGAAUACAUUAAGAGACAGGGACUGGAUUUCUAGGUUACUGGAUCUAAUCUAAUGCAAUGGCAGAUACCCUAGAAUUGCUAUUUGGUGAUACACCAGAAAUGGAAUACUGGUUUGAGUCUCAUCCCAAGGGACCAGUUCCAGCAGGGAGUCUGAGAACUGACUAAGUAUUAUUAGUGAUUCUAUAUCACUUCAGAACACUUGUACUGCUAUUGUCUUUUUGUCUUUCUCUUGAGAUCUAUUCUCUCUCAGGUUCCUGAUUUACCACCUAUGUGUUUUAAAGAGCUAGAAAAGUUUUUUCUCAACAACCCUAGCACCUCUGCCUUCAGACAAUUAAAAUUUAUUCCUUGUUUAUUUUAAGUACUUAUACUUUGUAACACUCAGAAGUCUCUACAGCAGAACAACAGUUCUCUGGGAAGUUUGCUGUUACAGACAAUAAAACCAAUUCUCUUUUUCAGAAACUUGCAAACCUAGAAAACUUCUGGAUAGAUGUAUGUUCUAUUGGUGUUAAAAUGCACAAUGUAAUCAUACUCAUUCAGACUUACUUUUGAUGUUUACUUCCAAUUAAUGGACUGUAAUAGUCGAAUGAUUAAUUUGGAUUUUUAAAGAUGUAAUUUAAAUUCAUAAAUAUUUACAUUAAGAUGCUAUUACGAUGUAUUUCACUUUUUUCUCAUCAGACCUGACGUUUAUUAAAGCAAUUUGUAAUUUUUGA